AUGCUCGCGAACACUCUUCUGCCGCUGCUUGCUGCGGCGGCCACCGCCCAGGCGGCGCCCCCCGCUGUCCCUCCCGUCCCCGACACCGUCCAGACGUACAAGCACCUCGACAACAACGGUUCCGGCGUCUCGGGCUACAACGUAACCUCGUCGUGGUCGUACAACUACACCUGGUCCUCGGACGGCAAGGGUCCCGUCAAGACUGAGACGAGCGGCGGGUCCAACGUCGACGUCCAGACCAUUGGCGAGCUCACAAAGAACCUGACCGAGCAGCUGAAGAGCACCGUUGACGGUGCCCUGAAGGAGAUUGCCGAGGACGUUCGCAAGCUCCAGCAGCAGUUCUUCCACGACAUUGAGAAGCUCCCCAAGCUCUUCGACUCGAACGCCGAGCUCGGCAAGUCGCUCCUCGACAACGGCUACCUGUCCGUGUACCAGCACAUGGCCGACGAUGGCGAGCUCAACCCCGAGGGUUACUCUUACAUCAACACGCUCGACGAGCAGCCGGCUGACACCCCGGCCGAAGAGGAGGACCCCGUCAAGGGCCCCUUCUGCUUCGACCAGAAGAUCUCCCACUUUGACAACAGCCAGCAGGGCACCUUCUGCCAGCGCUACUGGAUCUCUACCAAGGAGUGGAAGGCCGGCGGUGCCGUCAUCCUGCACGAUGCCGGAGAGUCGGAGGCCUCUGGCUCUACGUACUACAUGAAGAAGGGUCUGCUGCACCACCUCAUGGCUGCCACUCACGGUCUCGGCAUUGUCCUCGAGCACCGCUACUACGGCAAGUCGACCCCGCUCGACUCGUUCUCGACCGACAACAUGCGCUUCCUCAACCUGAAGGAGUCGCUGGAGGACUCUGCCAACUUUAUCCGCAACUUCAAGCUGCCCGAGGGUGUCACUGUCGAGGGCGCCAACGCCGACACGUUCAAGCCCAACAACGUCCCGUGGAUCUACCAGGGCUGCUCGUACCCCGGUGCCAAGGCCGCCUUCAUGCGCCAGCAGUACCCCGACCUCGUCUUCGGUGCUGUCGCCGGCAGCGCCGUCACGCAGGCCAUUGACGAGUUCCCCCAAUACUACGACGCCUUCCAGAAGUACUAUUACAACCAGGACUGCGUCAAGGGCAUCCAGGGUGCGAUCAAGGUUAUCGACGAGUGGCUCGACGACGAGAAGAAGGCUCCCGCCAUGAAGUCGCUCUUCGGCGCUGCCACUCUCAAGAACGACGACUUUGCCUACUUCCUCCGCUGGCCGCUUCAGUUCCAGAAGCGCUCCGUCCCCCUUGGCAAGGCCUCGAUCCCUGAUGCGUUCUGCAGGACGCUGCAGGAGGACACGAAGCCGAUCCAGGUCGCUGGCGCUGAGGUCCCCGGUGCCGUCGUCAACUUUGCCAACGCCACCCGUGUCUGGAUCCGCAACACUGGCUCGUGCGGUCGCAACGAGUCGACCCUCGCCGCGUGCUACGACACGUCUGACGGCAGCCCCGCCGCCGAGAAGCGCAAGUCUGACACUCUGCGCGACACCUGGCGCCCGUGGAUCUGGCAGCAGUGCACCGAGUUCGGUUACUUCUUCGGCCCCGCGAAGGAGGGCGGUGUGCUGUCCAAGUACCUGACGUACGACGUGCACCACCGUGUGUGCCGUCAGUCCUUCCCGGCUGGAUCGAAGUACCAGAUCCCCGAGCGCCCGGACACGGAGAAGGUGAACUGCCACGGCGGGCGCGAGAUCAACGUUGAGCGCGUCCUCUUCACCGCCGGCGAGCAGGACCCCUGGCGCCCCGCCAUGCCCAACGCCGAGGGCGUCAACCGCCCCAACACGACCAGUCAGGCGCAGUACCUCAUGCCCGGCGGCGGACACUGCUGGGACUCGCAAGGCUACGACGCCAUCGACUCGGGCGGCGGCAAGGACGGAAACGAGCCCGAGCCCGACCUUACCCGCAACACGCACAACUUCCAGAUGGGCAUCGUCAAGGCCUGGCUCAACGACUGGAAGAAGCCCGGUCGCCGCUCGAUCGAGAAGCGCCAGCGCAUUCGUGUCCUCUAA